CUUCGGUAUUAGAGGACCAUUUCCUCGUUUCUGCUACCAUUACCGAGAUCGUCACUUCGGGACCGGCAUAACGUGGCCUUUAAAAAGUCGUCCGGUUCCUUCUAAUGUUCGAAUCGCUGACACAGCCUCACAUUUGCGUUUCAUAGUCCUCUCUCCAUUCCGACAAUCUCGAUUUCCUAAAACACGUGUCUACGGCACUCCUUUCAUAUUGUUUUUAUUGCUAGGAAGUAUUUUCUGAACUGAUCAUCGCCAUGGCCAGCUAUCUCAACUACGUCACCUCCAAUUACUCCCUUUCCCUCCUCUCUAUCCCUGCCUAUCACGUCCUCGCGCUUCUCCCCCAUUUCUACUCCUUCCACCUCGGAACCCAAGGCGAUUCCUCCAAAUGGCGCAACGCCAACAGCCGUGGUCAAACACACGCGAAGGAGAUCCAAACCCGUCUCUCGCCCGCGCAAUACAACCGUUUUGAGCGUGCCCGCGCCGCCCACGCCAAUGCCAUGGAGAACCUGCCGCUGUUCGUCGCGGCCGUACUGGCAAGCAAAUUCGUCGCCAUCGCGAAGGGGGAGUCUGUCGGGGAAAGCCUGGGGACGGAUGCGCUCGCUGUGCGAUUGCUGCUGGCGAGGGCAGUGUACACGGCCAUGUAUCUGUUCGUAAAGGAUGACCGCGUGGCGGGGCUGAGGACGCUGGUGUGGUUGUAUGGGGUACAACAGUGCUGGAAGUCGAUCAUCGGCGCCGCAUGGGCUCUGGCGCACUGAUCGGCGAGCAUGGGAGACGGCAUAUAGGUCAAGGUUACGUUGCAUAGCACCGCAAAGCAGAAAAUAUAUUUGUAGUUUGAUAUUCCGA